GCACUGGGCCCCGAGGCCUCGGCACAGGCCCGGAGUGGCCCCGGGCCCGCAGAGCCCAACUCCGAGGAUCCUCCGGCUAGCAGGUCUCCGGGCCCGGAGCGUGCCAGUCUGUGCCCAGCAGGCGGCGGCCCCGGGGAGGCGCUGAGUCCCAGCGGUGGGCUGCGGCCCAACGGGCAGACCAAACCCCUGCCCGCGCUGAAACUGGCGCUGGAGUACAUCGUGCCGUGCAUGAACAAGCACGGUAUCUGUGUGGUGGACGACUUCCUGGGCAGGGAGACCGGGCAGCAGAUCGGCGACGAGGUGCGCGCCCUACACGACACCGGCAAGUUCACGGACGGGCAGCUGGUCAGCCAGAAGAGUGACUCUUCCAAGGACAUCCGGGGGGACCAGAUAACCUGGAUCGAGGGCAAGGAGCCCGGCUGCGAGACCAUCGGCCUGCUCAUGAGCAGCAUGGACGACCUGAUCCGCCACUGUAGCGGGAAGCUGGGCAACUACAGGAUAAACGGCCGAACGAAAGCCAUGGUUGCUUGCUACCCAGGCAACGGAACAGGCUACGUCCGUCACGUUGAUAACCCAAAUGGAGAUGGAAGAUGUGUGACAUGUAUAUAUUAUCUAAAUAAAGACUGGGACGCCAAGGUAAGUGGAGGUAUACUUCGAAUUUUCCCAGAAGGCAAAGCCCAGUUUGCUGACAUUGAACCCAAAUUUGAUAGACUGCUGUUUUUCUGGUCUGACCGACGCAACCCUCACGAAGUACAACCAGCAUAUGCUACAAGGUACGCAAUAACUGUUUGGUAUUUUGAUGCAGAUGAGCGAGCAAGAGCUAAAGUAAAAUAUCUAACAGGUGAAAAGGGGGUGAGGGUUGAACUCAAUAAGCCUAAUUCAGUCAGCAAAGAUGUCUAGCACGGCCUUAGGUCCGGCAGUACCCACUCACCUACCGCCACUCGGUUGCCUUCUGUGGACUCGUGGAUGGGAUGAACAGAGACUCCUGGCUGGCAUUCCAGCUGCGAGCCAGGCAACUCGGCCAGUGUCGUCCAACAGAGGGCUGCAUCUGCUGUGACUGUGCUGUGGGGUCAGCUCCAGAUCUGUGACUGCACUUGGCUGCUUACUGAAGAGGAGAUGCUGUCUGAGGAGAGGGCUUUCCCAUCUGGACACACAACAAGGGCCCUAUGUAGGAUUUUCUUCAUUCUUCUAUUUUGCCAGAUCUGUCAUCUAACUGAGUUCAUUUCAUCUCUCUUUUUUAUAUCAAGUUUGAAUUCGGGGAAUUUUUGUAUUAGGUACAAUUUAUCAAAACUGAAUUAAGAAAAAAAUUUACAGUAUUAUUCCUGAAAAUAACAUCAAUCUAUUUUUGUAAGCCUCCUCAUGCUAUUAAAGUUGGCCCUAAAGACCUCCCACGAUGACUGUCGCCAGUGAAUGGUGGUUCCUUUCCUUUUGACUGACAGGAAAGAAAGGGCGUGGAGUCCCAGCUGCCGUCCAUGAGGUUUUUCUUGGCCUGUCUCACAGUAAUUUGAACUUGUAAAGGUCUCUGCUGUCACGCUCUGACCUUGGUGAUAGUGAAACCUAACAGUAGAUGGUCACCACUGAAUACCAAGUACCUUAGAGAGCGAUGGGAGGAGAAAGCUGCAGAAAAAUGGUUUGUUCUGUAAGUUCACGUUCCAGUGCUAAGCGACCGGCACUGAGUACACUUGAGCCUCCUCCACUCGGGUUCCCAAGACAAAGGGCUGUCUUCUGCUUCAGGGCUGACCUGCCACCAGUCGUGCCCACAGCCACAGCUUUCCCGUGGCUCCUCCUUAGUGUGACUGUGCUUCCAGAUCCUCCCAGGUCACAGCCUUGUUCUGCUGCAGCAGAGCUCCCAGUGGCCCCAGGCACGUGGACGUGUGUGGUUGUGGCCUCAAGCGUGGUCAUCCAUCCUUGGACAACUAAGAGUCAUUUUCACAACCACUAAUGAAAGACGUGUGUGUAGCCUAGAAAUCAAAAGAAGUGUGAAUCCAGACACUUUAUUUUAUGGGUUUUUCUCUUUUUAGAGAAAAGAGGGACAGUGUCACAGCCACGAAGGCCUCUUGUCACCUCUGCAGUCCCCUUAGGAAGCCAGACUUUGCACAGAUAUGGUGUAACUCCUUGUCCCUUGGGUGUUCUAUCUCUGACCUUGAUCUUUGCCAAAAUGUGUGUAUGCAGAAGUGUUUCUGUGCGUUUCACCUGGCACCAGUCUGAGCUGUGUAGUUUGUAUCCAAUUAGAAACCUUUUCUGUGGAAAGCUCAGCAAUUCUUACUAAGAGAUUGCUAUUGUUCAUGUAAAACAUGAAAAAAAAAUCACAUAAAGCCGAGUGUAGAUUGGGGGUUACUCAGCACUGAGCUUGCAUGAGGGGCUCAUGGCAGGAGUCAGUUCUGUCCCACAUCCUUUCCUUCAGCCCCAUAACCGCUGACAACCUCUCCAGCAAGUGCCUCUGUCAGCUGGCCAGCACGAGGUUUUCCACCUGGCCCACCAUGUUUCAGAGUUGGGAGGAACUGUUUAGCAUUUGGUCACAGAAGAUCUUGUUUGAUUGGAGCAGCAGCCUUUGAAUGUGGGAGUCUGUGGUAUACUUUGUAUCCGACCUUUACAAGCAUACCAGGUUCCAGACUCUGCUGCUUGGAGGUGGGGGGUGUACUUGCCAGACAAAGCUUAAAUUCUGUAUCUCUUGGAAAGUUUCUGUCCUUCCCUGGAGGUCACUGUGAGAAGAUCAGGAAAUCAGGAUAGCCGCGCACUUAAUACCCAUUCAACUCUCAGUUUCAUGUUAGUGGCACCAAGAAGGGCUCUAUUUAAAACUGUUUGUGGCCUCUGUGUGUUAAUCCUGUUUAAAGAGAAAGCUUUAAGAUGCCGUUUAUCCAACACAUUAAGCAGCUGGGGAACAGACCUUUACCCAUGACAGGCAGAGCACUUCAGGAUUUGCAUAGAGACUCAUGUGGUUCGGACACGGUGUUUCCUAUGAAAGCCUCUCACAUUGCUUGUAAAGCUAAUCUAAUUAAAAAGAUGUAUAAAUGUUCUUGAAAAAAACUUAA